UUGUCGUUGAGAAAAAAGAGUAGAAAAGACAAAAGAAAAAAGAAAAUCACCUCUUGGAAUUUUAAUUAGGGUUAAUUGUAAUAAUCCUCCUCUUAAUUUUCCUAUGGAGCAUAUAAUUGACUCACAAAUCAAAAUUUAUCUAUGCUUGAUCAUUGGCCAGCGGCUGAAUAGUUGCUGCAUGAAUUAGCUUCGGGAGUUCUGCUCGUUCGUUCUCAUCGCUCAUAAGGCAUAUUCCAAUCGUCUCUAUUCUCAACUGUACCAUUUUAUUUCACUAACUGAAUUGACGAAGUCAUGUUAGAAUCAUCCCAGUGUCAAUGCCUCUCAAAUUCUUCUUCAGAACGUCUCCCACCUCAAACCCACAUUCUUGCCACUUCAAACUCACAUUUUCUACCAUUCCAUACGACUCUGCUCACUUUAAUCAAAAUCCUAAGCUCCAAACAUACACCAGUAUCUUGCAGGCCUGCCUGCGGAAAUGUAAUCAGGUCAAAACCCACCACGUGUUCGAUGAAACGACUCAAAGACUAUCGCUUUUUUCAAAAAAUAGCAGAAUUAUCCAUGCGCAAAGCUUAAAACUUGGGUUUUGUUCAAAAGGGUCUCUAGGAAAUGUCAUCCUUGACCUUUACGCUAAGUGUGGCAAUGUGGAUUUUGCUGAGAAGGUGUUUAAUAGGCUUGAAAAUAAGGAGAUAUUGGCUUGCAACUCUAUGCUGUCAAUGUAUUCUAAAUAUGGAUUUCUGGAUAUGGUUGUCAAGUCUUAUAGCUCAUUGUGGAGUCGUGGGGUGUGGCCUAAUGAGUUCACUUUUGCUAUUGUUUUAUCGGCUUGUGGGAGAUUGGAGAGUGUUAAAAGUGGUCGACUAGUUCAUUGUAAUGUUGUUAAAAUGGGCCUUGAGUCGAGUUCUUUUUGUGAGGGUGCUCUUAUUGAUAUGUAUGCUAAGUGCAAUAGCAUGAAUGACUGUAGAAGGGUAUUUGAUGGAGGAGUGGAUUUGGAUACAGUUUCUUGGACAUCAAUGAUGGCUGGCUAUGUUAAAGCUGGUUUGCCUGAGGAAGCAUUAAAAGUCUUUGAUGAGAUGAAGAAAGUUGGCCGCAAACCUGAUCAGGUGGCAUUUGUUACUGUUAUAAAUGCAUGUGUCGGUCUAGGAAGGCUUGAUGAUGCAUCUGAUUUAUUCUCCCAGAUGCCUAACCCCAAUGUUGUGGCAUGGAAUGUGAUGAUUUCAGGGCAUGCUCAGAGAGGUUACGAGGUGAAAGCUAUUGAGAUUUUUCAUAAUAUGAGAAAAUAUGGUGUUAAAUCCACAAGAUCCACAUUAGGAAGUGUACUGAGUGCAAUUGCAAGUUUAACUGCCCAUGACUUUGGUUUGCUAGUUCAUGCAGAGGCAAUUAAACAGGGGUUAGACUCUAAUGUUUAUGUUGGAAGUUCGUUGAUUAGUAUGUAUGCCAAGUGUAAGAAGAUUGAAGCUGCAAAAAAAGUUUUUGAUGCUUUAGAUGAGCGGAAUGUAGUCUUGUGGAAUGCUAUGCUCGGAGGUUAUGCACAAACUGGAUGUGCCAAUGAAGUCUUGGAAUUGUUCUUUAAUAUGAAGAGUUGUGGUUUUCGUCCAGAUGAGUUUACCUAUACCAGUAUUUUGAGUGCAUGUGCUUGCUUGGGAUAUCUGGAUGGGGGUCGGCAGUUGCAUUCAUUAAUUAUCAAGAAUAAAUUUGCCUUAAACUUAUUUGUUGGAAAUGCAUUGAUUGAUAUGUAUGCUAAAUCUGGGGUUCUUGAUGAUGCAAGGCAACAAUUUGAGCUUAUGAGGAAUAGAGACAAUGUUUCCUGGAAUGCAAUUAUUGUUGGAUAUGUGCAGGAAGAAGAUGAGGUUGAGGCAUUCCUUAUGUUUCAGAAAAUGCAUUUGCUUAGGAUUCUACCAGAUGAAGUGUCAAUGUCCAGUAUAUUGAGUGCAUGCGCAAAUAUUAGAGGUCUUGAGCAAGGGAAACAGAUACAUUGUUUAUCUGUCAAAACUGGUCUAGAAACAAGCCUUUAUGCUGGAAGCUCCCUUAUUGACAUGUAUGCUAAGUGUGGCGCUGUAAGCUCUGCCCAUAAAAUUCUUGCAUGCAUGACUGAGCGGAGCGUGGUCUCCAUGAAUGCACUUAUUGCAGGAUAUGCUUCUAUUAAUUUACAAGAGGCAACAAUUCUAUUUAAAGAGAUGCAAGCCAAAGAAUUGAAUCCAUCGGAAAUAACUUUUGUCAGCCUUUUAGAUGCUUGCAUUGGAGCUCAACAUUUGAAUCUAGGAAGGCAAAUCCACUCUCUUAUUUUAAAGGGGGGCCUUCAGAAUGAUGAUGAAUUCUUGGGUGUCUCACUCUUGGGCAUGUAUAUGAACUCCCUAAGAAAAACAGACGCAAGUAUUCUCUUCUCAGAGUUUUCAAAUCCGAAAAGCACUAUAUUGUGGACUGCUAUGAUUUCAGGACUCACUCAAAAUGAUUGCAGUGAUGAGGCUUUGCAGUUCUACCAAGAGAUGCGUAGCUAUGGUGCCUUACCUGACCAAGCUGCAUUUGUCAGUGUGCUUAGAGCAUGUGCUAUCUUAUCUUCUAUGAGAGAUGGUACGGAGAUUCACUCAGUCAUUUUCCGUACUGGUUUUGAUUUGGAUGAAUUAACAUGUAGUGCCCUUGUGGACAUGUAUGCUAAAUGUGGGGAUGUAAGGAGUUCCAUGCAAGUUUUUGAGGAAAUGCAUAGUAAAAAUGAUGUCAUUUCUUGGAACUCAAUGAUCGUUGGAUUUGCAAAAAAUGGCUAUGCAGAAGACGCAUUAAGAGUCUUUGAUGUGAUGAAGCAAACACAUGUUAGACCUGAUGAUGUCACAUUUCUAGGUGCUCUCACUGCAUGUAGUCAUGCAGGGAGGGUAUCAGAAGGCCGUCGCAUAUUUGAUAGUAUGGUUAACUAUUAUAGGAUUCAGCCUAGAGUGGAUCAUAGUGCCUGCAUGGUUGAUCUUCUUGGAAGGUGGGGUUUUCUCCAAGAAGCUGAAGAGUUCAUCUAUAGGCUUAAUUUUGAACCUAAUGCCAUGAUUUGGGCUACGAUGCUUGGGGCUUGUAGAAUACAUGGGGAUGAAAUAAGAGGUCAACGAGCUGCUGAAAAACUCAUUGAGCUUGAACCUCAAAAUUCUUCACCCUAUGUGCUUCUUUCUAACAUAUAUGCUGCAUCAGGAAACUGGGAUGAUGUCAAUACCUUAAGGAGGGCAAUGAGAGAGAAAGGAGUGAAGAAGUUACCUGGAUGUAGUUGGAUUGUAGUGGGACAGAAGACAAAUAUUUUUGUUGCAGGAGACAAGUCUCACUCUAGUUCUGAAAAAAUUGAUGUAGUUCUAGGAGAUCUGACAGCACUUAUGAAAGAAGAUAGUUAUGUUACUGUAAUUGAUUAUUUUGUCCAUGACGUAUUGUGAAACUUUCCUUUGUCAAAUAGUCAGUCCCUUUCUCUGCCGCGUCAGGUAGAGAUGAAGUUUAGACUAAGCUUAUGCCAAAAUAGUGGAUGAUAAAUUGAUGGAUUAGAGAAUGUAGAAGCUGUCACUGAGGCACAUCCUGACUGGGAGGCAUAGAAAUGAACAUGUAAGACUCUUUUGAGGUCUAAAUCUGCAUGAAGUGGCUAGUGAGUUAUAUAGUGGAGGCUUGGUCAACCAGACGUUGGGUCAAGCUGGUUUCCUGAAUGUGUUGCAAUGUCUGUUUAUUGUCGACAUCAAUAUUUGGAAGAGCCUUUUUUUUUGGUGGGGGGCUUAAUGGAGGUUAUUCCUUCUCAGUUUUUGAAGAAUCACAUUUUUAAAUUAUUUAGAUCAUAAUAUUUAUCUGGCUGUUUAAUUUAACUAAGUUUUGCAUUCUAUUUAAGAAUUUCUUUUGCAGAAGUUGUGUACACUCAGCAGCAUUUCUGCAGGCACAGUCUUGAAUAUGAAGGUUGAGAACUAACAAGCAAUAUCCAUCCUGGUCAAGUGUUUGCCUCACAGUAAAUAGUUGAACCUUUUUAUCUUUGAAAGAUUUGACACUGCUGAUCAAAGGUGAAAUUUCGAUGAAAAAGUUGAUGGGCUUUUUAGUAAUUUUAUUCUUUUGUUUUGGUUGAGAAAUCAAUGUCCAAACCAAUUUACUUAAUGGCCCCCAUGACUAAUUUUUCAGAAUUAUAGUUUGUACCUAAAUGCACCUUUGCGUGUGCUUGUGCGUAAUGCCCAUUGCAGCCAAUUGAAAA